UGUUAGUUUGAGCAUAUACUAUUAUUACCUGCCAUUGCCCAGAAAAACCUUAGCGUCGACGAGUUGCUUCAAUCCGAUCACCUGCCAAAGUCUCUGCGGAUAGCUUGACUAGAAUGGGCACUGACGAUACCAUGGGCAAAGCUAAGGAUCCGCUUAUAGCGGUGGUCCAGUGGGUCAAGACAAGACCCGCUGGCACGAAGGCUGGACUCAGCGGGUUGAGCGCAGUGGUGCUAUUGCUGGUGCUUUGGAGGACCAUUAAGGAUCAUGACACCCUAUUUGUGCUCGCGGAGAUAGCACACUUCUUAGGCAUCGGCGUGCUUGGAUACAAGCUUCAAAAGAAGAAAUCGGUGGCGGGCUUGUCGCUCCAAUCCCAGUUGCUCACGGCAACGUUUUUGGCUGUAAGGCUCUUCUGUAGCUUCAUGAUGGAGUACGACAUCCACACUGUGCUGGACGGCCUGACGCUGCUGGCCACGCUGGGGGUGGUGCUCAAUAUGACCCUCACCGACAUGCGCGCCACCUACCAGAAAGAACAGGACAUCGUCAAGUUCUACUACGUGCUGGCUCCCUGCGCGGUGCUGGCGCUCGUCGCCAAGCCCUCCACCAGCCACUACUACCUGUUCAGGGUGUUCUGGGCCUUCUGCGUGUACCUGGAGGCAGUGUCCGUGCUCCCGCAGCUGCGCAUGAUGCAGAAGGCCAAGGUUGUGGAACGGUUCACUGCGCACUACGUGUUCGCGCUGGGGCUGUCGCGCUUCCUCAGCUGCGCGCACUGGAUCCUGCAGAUCCUGGAGGGUAACAAGUACCUGCUGCAGGCGCUGGGCAGCGGGCUGUGGCCGGUGAUGGUGCUGGCCUCAGAGGUGGUGCAGACCUGCAUCCUGGCGGACUUUUGCUACUACUACGUCAAGUCCUACGCGGAGGGUUCGGGGGUGGUGCGCCUGCCGGCGGGCAUUGUGUGAGGGCUCUAAGGGGGCAGAGGGGGCCGCGACCCACUGUGACAGCACCGCGGAGGAGCGCCGCCCGGCAGUGGGGCAGCAUGUGGCACGGGAGGG